UGGCGGGCAGCUGGCGGCGCACGCGUGGCGGCUGCCCGCGGUGGUGCUCGAGGCACGGUCGCCGCCAUCCGUUGCUGUCCAGCGGGCCUCUCGGAGAGAGAGGGCUGCUGGCAGCGACGGAUUGCGGCAACCGUGCAGGCGCGCGGCCUGUGGUGGCUGGCGGGCAGCUGGCGGCGCACGCGUGGCGGCUGCCCGCGGUGGUGCUCGAGGCGCGCGGCCUGCGGUGGCUGGCGGGCAGCUGGCGGCGCACACGUGGCGGCUGUCCGCGGUGGUGCUCGAGGCGCGCGGCCUGCGGUGGCUGGCGGGCAGCUGGCGGCGCACGCGUGGCGGCUGCCCGCGGUGGUGCUCGAGGCGCGCGGCCUGCGGCGGCUGGCGGGCAGCUGG